AUGGAUGAAAACAUGGAUAAUUUUUUGACUGUAAAUGAAAAACCGGAAGAUUUUCUUGUUAUAAAUGAAGAGAAUGAAGAUCAAGAAUAUUUUACGGAUAAUGAAUUCGAAUCAGAUGAUUCGCAAGAAAUUGAUAGUCUGGAUGAUGAAAAAGAAAAUAAUGAUCCUAUAAUUCUCAACCCAAAAAUUCACCAUGGUAGAGGUCGUUCCAAAGGUACUAAACGUUUAAAAUCAGCGUAUGAAGUAUCAAAACCUAUGGCAAAUCAACGUCAAUGCAAAAAGUGUAGUGGUUUGGGCCAUUACUAG